CGUCUCUCCCCUCUCACUGAGAAAAAAAAAGAAGCUUUUCUCCUUUAUUCCUUUUGUCCCCUCGCUUUACCGUUCGCAAGUCGUUUUAGAGCUGUCGCACGAAGGAAUCUAUCGAAGAAAGAUUCACAGGGAUUGGAUUAAUCAUAAUGCCAGAAGCGAGAGACCGGAGAGAGAGGCCUGUGGAUUACCCCGCCGCGUUUCUCAACCGGCGAUCCCACGGGAUCCUGCUCGACGAGCCGCCAGCGCAUCUGAAUCCGUUUCAGUCCCCUGUUCAGAGGCUGCCUCCUUCAGAAUCGAUGGGAAGAGGUGGAUUCGCGAGGGGCAAUUUGGGAGUUCGACGAAGAGGCUUGGGUGUUGCGAGGCGUGGCAGGGCUCGUGCUUCAGCUUCUGUGUUGCCUUCUUGGUAUCCAAGAACGCCUCUCCGUGACGUGUCUUCUGUCGUUAGGGCGAUUGAGAGAAGGAGAGCUCGUAUGGGAGACGUUGAGACCCCAACUCCACAACAGCUUGGGGUUCUUGAUGAUUCUUUAGCACCAGUGUCUGGCGAGCGGAACUACUCCAUGGUGACUCCUGGUCCGUCUGUUGGGUUCAAGCGUCCCUGGCCACCUUCAACUGCUAAAGUCCAUCAGAUUCUUCUCGACAUCACAAGGCAGAGUUCAGCGGAAGAGGAAGAAGAAGCGCUCACUCCACAGAAGAAGCUCCUCAACUCUAUUGAUAAAGUGGAGAAGGUUGUGAUGGAAGAGAUUCAGAAGAUGAAGAGCACUCCUAGUGCUAAGAGAGCUGAAAGGGAGAAAAGAGUUCGGACUUUAAUGUCCAUGCGAUGAUGGGUCAUCAGAAGGAGAUCAGUGAGUACGACAUCAUCUUCUGAUGAUAGCAAAGAGGGAGAAGUGGAUGAUCUCAUCUACUGGUGAUAUAUGUUCUUGAGCUUUUAGAUCUGUUAUCAUUCUCUGAUGAUAUUACUAGGAAGACAAGUCAAUCAUCUCUCUGAUGAUGUUUAUAGUAGGAAGAUUCUAUCAUUUUCUGAUGAUAAAACAUUCUUCUUUUAGGUAGUUUUGGCUUUAGUAUAGCUUCACGGAUCUUAUGUUAAGAACCUUUUCUUUAGGCUUUGUGUUUUCCACAUAUGAAGGAUGUCUUCUUUGCUUUAAACAGAUUUUAA